AGGAAGGAUAUUUCACGCCAGCAGCCAUUUUCUUCCUGUUGGUAUUGAUUGAGGUGGUUCGACUGUUUGGAGUGGAAAAGGGAAUUUUCAUUAUGACGAGUAGAGAAACAAUUUUAUCAUCGGAAGAUGCUGAAGAUGAGGAAAAGGUGGGAGAUGGUCUGCGUAAAAACUUACUUGAUGAAUUUUACUGCGAAACAAAUGAAAACUUUGAAAAGCUAAAGGUCUAUUUGAGGGUUCGACCAUUCACAGCAGAGGAGCAGCAGAACAAGUAUCGGAGCUGUCUGACAAUCUGUGGUAAGACUGUCACAGCCUGGGCACCAAAGGACUCCAACACUUACAAAAGUAGCACUUACAUUACCAACAAGAAUGUCCAGACAUUCAAGUUCUCAAGAAUUUUCGAUGAACAGACAUCACAGAGUGACUUUUACAGCGAAACCUGUCAGGGACUCGUGAAGAACUUCCUCAAUGGACAGAACUGUCUCGUGUUUGCUUAUGGAGUAACCAACUCGGGCAAGACAUACACAGUACAAGGUACACAGAAAGAACCGGGCAUCUUACCUCGUACGCUUGAGACAAUAUUCAGCCACGUCUCUGGUAAACUGUGGCUCGGUCUCGACCUAAAACCAAAAAUGUAUUUAGAUGUCAUAAAAUUAUCGCCCAACUUUGAAUCUGAAGAGAAACAAAGGAAAGAAGAACUUUUGCGGUUAGCUUCUUUUGAGGAAUCUGAUAUUCACAGCACUUUUGCCGACAGUGGUCGUGAGUCAUGUACCUUAGACACCCAAGAAACCAGCCACGAUUCUGAUGUCAAUGAAGAGGAUUUGCUGCGUUCCACCCAUCUGGAUGACUCUGCGUUCUCGGGCCAAAUAAAGUAUUCCAUAUGGGUCAGUUUUGCUGAGGUAUAUAAUGAAAAUGUGUUUGAUCUUCUGGUUACUCCUCUCCAUAAGAAGCGGAAUAUCUUGAAGUUGGGUCAGGACAAAAAUGGUAACCAUUAUAUUCGUGGUUUGACAGAAGUGAAUGUUUCAUCCAUUGAAGAGGCCCAGAAAGUGUUGAUUCUUGGCCAGAAAAAUCUCCACAAGGCUGCCACAAAACUCAAUCACAAUUCCUCUCGAAGCCAUUGUAUAUUUAAUAUCAAACUCGUACAAGUUGUUAACAGAAAGAACCCAAGUGUGGCUAAAGUGAGCAUGUUGUCUCUCUGUGAUUUGGCAGGCAGUGAGCGUACGUGUAAGACCAAUUCCACGGGAGAUCGUCUGAAAGAAGCUGGCAACAUCAACACUUCACUGCUGACACUUGGCCGGUGCAUUGAGACGAUGAGAAGUAACCAGUUAAGAAAGGAGUUUCCAAAGUUGAUUCCUUACCGAGACAGCAAGUUAACCCGUCUUUUCCAGGGUUUCUUCAAUGGUCAUGGCGAGGCCAUAAUGAUUGUCAACGUGAACAAAUGCAGCAAUUUGUUUGACGAAACUCUGCAGGUGUUCAAGUUCUCUGCUAUUGCCAAGCAGAUCGUCAUUCAAAAGGACCCACUGAAGUCACCCUCUGUGAACAUCUCACCUGUGCUCCCUGUCAAGCCACUCUCUAACCUUGAAAGGGUUUCAAUACCCUGGGCUGAAGAUGCCACUUUCAACGAACCACUUCCAUCUGAUGUUGAAGAUGAAACCUUUGAUGAAGAACUUACCGAAAGAGAAAGUGGAUUAUUGAACAUCAUAGAGACGUGCAAGACAAAGAUUUCUUGGCUCCAGAAAAUGUUGACUGAAGAGAAGAAGAACCGAAUGUUGGACGAAAUCAAGAUACGAGAAGAAGUGACCAAAGAGAUGAUGAAACAGUUUGUUAUCAUUGAGAAGAGUUACAAUGAAAAACUCCGUGCCAGUCAGCUGGAAGCAGAAGAACGGUCCGAUCAGUGUGUAUUGAAGAUGCUGAACACUGUAAGCUCCAAGAAGCGUUCUCAUGAUGAGAUGGAGAGUGAAGAGAAAUUUGUACCUUUGCAUGUGUUUGAAGAACUGCAGGAGAAGAAACAGGAAUGUGAAUUCAAAAUCGAAAAACUAAACCAACAGCUGGAAUCGACAAAAGCUCAGAUGCGAAGGCUGACGUUGGAUCGUUCUGCAUUGCAAUCAGAGAAGACUUCGUUACAACUGCAAUUACAGGUUCCUGGUAUCUACAAGCAUUCGCUGGAGAAUGCCACAAGUAUGGGUGACAACAUUGAACAGGCAAAUGUAUUGAACAAAUUGACCAGUAUGCUUAGAGACACCCAAGAAAAAUUGGGGAAUAAGGAAUCUGCCGUAAAUGAAUUGGAAGAGCAACUCGAAGAAGCUGGUGAGACUUUCAAAGAACAACAAGAGAAGAUAGAACAACUGGAGAAGAUGGUAGAAGAAAUGAAGAAAACAUCGACAGAAUGCAAGGUGUGUCUGGAGAGAUGUGAAGCCGGGUUGCCAUUCAAGUCAAAGAAGAUGGAGUCUGUUCCAGAAAAUGCAUCAGAAGGCACCCAACCUGUGGAGAGCGUUGCAGAAUUUGAGCUGCGAGAACGUGCUUUAAUUCAUGGUUACAAUGCCGAGAUAGCAAAGUACAAGCUAUUGGUUCGAAGACUUCGUCAAGAACUUGGCUUUCGCAACACCAGUCACCUCUCGCCAAAUAAAAGCUUACGUCCCGACCUCAACAGUUGUCUGGAACAAAACGAACUGAAGCAGUAUUUACUGCGACAGGUAAAGAAACUUCAAGAAGAACUGGACAAGAACUCUCAGUGCGUGUCUGAGUUGCUUCAUGAACUCGAAGUUAAGAAGGCUGCUGAGACGGAUUUGGAACAGAGGUUAGAGAAAGAAGCGAUGGGACACCAACAAGCAAAAGCUGCUGUGUCUGAGAUGAGAGAGAAGCUGAAGAAAUUGAAUGAAAGAUGUCGUUCGUCGUCUUUCGAAGCUGAAAAGACUUAUUUAAAGAUCAACAGUGAGAUGUUUGACAGCGGAAAUCAUGUUCUGUCUUGCAAAGAGGACAAAGAUGAGGAGUUUGCUUUAGGUGUUAAGAAAUCUGAUGAAAACCAGUCUGACCAUAGUGAUGGGAACAAGAAAGAAAGCAACAAGGAAGCGAGGAAUAAAAUGGUGAAGACGAAGAGAGAGAGUCCGCUUUUGAGCAUUGAAAAUCAAAAUGACGUGAAACUGUCCGUGUUUGAUAAUCAUAACUUGAAGGAUAAGAUAAUUAAUAAGAAUAAGGAAAUCUUGAAAUUACAAGAGACACUGCUUUCAUAUUCAGAACUGGACUCCAAAUAUCAAAAGAAAACGAAAGAAAAUGAGGAAUUUUUAUGCAAAGUUCAAAAGCAUGAAACUCUUGAACGUGAUCUUAAAAAGAAAGUGAAACAUUUAGAAGAAAAAGUCGAAAAGAUUGUGGUGUUUGAAGUUGAAAUAGAGAGCCAAGUUGCAAUCAUUAAGCACCUUCAAACAGCGGUGGAUGAGAAGUCUAAAUUGUUGUCUGAUCUUCAGAGUCAGAAUGGUGGAGAAAGUCCCAUGUUGAAACGGAAGAUGGAAGAGAUGCAAACUGUGAUGGAAGGUUUGCGUGAAAUGGUUGAUGACAGCACAAAAGAACUGGCCAAAAAUAACGAGAAACUCAGUGAUCUGGAAAACAAGGAAAAGAUGGUGUCUUCUCUUCAGACAGAAUUGGAAACAUUGAAGUCUGAGGCUAAGAUUAAGUCUGAUUCUCUUCAGAGUAAACUCGAUGAGUUGCAAACUGAGAAAGACAAGGUUUUCAAAGGAAAAGAUUGUUUAGAGAAUGAAGUGAUUCAGCUGAAAGAGCUUGUUGAGAAGAAAACACAAGAAAUGUCUAGUUUGAGAACAGAGCUGAAAGCCAAAGACAUUGAGAGCGAGAAAGAAAAUGUGUUGGUUAUCAAUAAUUUGAAGAAUACAUUACACAAUGCAGUAAGUGAACGAGAAAGUGUGGUACAGGAAUUGGCAGAAGCUAAAGGGAAACUGUUGGGCAAAGAUGAAGAAAUCUGCCAAAUGUCGAAAAAGAUUGAGGAAUAUGAAAAAAAAUUAGAAGACUCAAAGACUGAAUUGGAAGCUGUUCAGGAAAAGAAGAGUAUUGAAAGUGAUGCUUUGAAUGAUAUAAUUAAUGAGAUGAACAACAAAAUAGCUAGCAUGAACCUACUGAAGGAAAAACUUCAGAAAGAAAUAAUGAAUGUUGCAGAACAUUUGAAAUCUUUGAAAACAGAACUGGCUACAGUUCGCCAAAUGAAGUUAGACAUGGAUGAUAAUGUAAAGAGUUAUAUGGCACAUCUGAAGUCUAACCUGAGUGAAAUUACUGGUCUUACAGCAGCUGCUGCUCACUGUGAUAAAUCAAUGUUAACCGAUUUAGAGAUGCUGCCUGAAAAGAAGGAAAUUGAAUCUCUGAAUUUGAAGAUAGUUGACUUGGAGAAAGAUCUGGAAGACAAUGUUCAUAUGAGAGAAAAUUUCAUGACUGAAAUUUCCUGCCUUGUAGCAUCAUUGAAGAAUAAAGACCAACAAAUAGAAAAUUUAACCAAGGAAAAAAUCCAGGCGUCUGAGAAAGAAUCUUCAGAGAAGAAAGUAAAUCUUGUUGAAAGUGAUGUUGGAUCUGAACACACGAGGAAUCGAUUGUCCGGUGAGAAAUCCGAUGGUCUGAGUUCAUCAUCGAUUGAGAAACAACAGCACCACCAGGUGUCACCAACAAAGCAGGACAACCAAUCACCACCACUGAAGAAACCAGCCCGUCAGUCAGCGCCAACGAAGCCAAGAAGACAGUCAUUAUGUAAGAAACAAGAUGGAGACACACAGACUUCUCCUGAGAAGCAGAACAGAGUUAAACAGGCAACUCCUGAGAUGCAAGUCGGAUACACACAGACGUCUCCUGAGAAGCAGGAUAGACUUUCAAAUACGACAAAGAAAGCAAAACAAGAAGAAAAUGAAGAAACUAUGCAGAUGGAUGAAGCAAAUUUGGAGAACUUUGGUGACAAGCAUCAUGUGAACUUGAAACAAGAGCUGGGUUCGAUGGCAUCAAAGCUGGAGUCGUUGCAGAAGUUCUACGACGACGAGAAAUCCUUAAACGAUGAAAUCAAGUCUGAACUGAAUGAAGUCAAGGUGAAGCUGUCCGAGGUGAAAGCUUCGUAUGAGGCUGAGAAAUCUGUGACUCACCGGCUUCGUUAUGAUCUAAACGAUGUGAGGAGCAGCUUGAACGAGGUGCUUGAAUCGUACGAGCAGUUGAACCUAUCCCGGAGCGUAGUGCUUGGCGAUGACAAUGAACCAAGCGCAGAUGAUCGACCUGAGGUUAACGAACAGGCGAUAAAGUCGUUACUUAACGAGCUUACCCAGCCACAGCGUGACAUCAUCAAUACCCUUCAAAAACAAGGACAAAGUUGGAAGAGAAAGUAUGAGGAAACAUCAUUGGAACUUGUUUCAGAGCGCCAGAAACUCUUGGACAGUCAGCAUCUUCAAGACUUCUCCACCAAAGCGGAAAAUAAGAAACUCAGAAAAGAACUGAUAUCCAUUGAAAAACAGCUGAAAGACGUUCAGUCUCAACAUGAAAUCCAUUUGAUCACCAUGGAAACAGAAAGGAUGACAAAAGAGUUGAUCGAGGAACGUAAGCGCAGCGAGGACCGUCAUCUCCAAGAGGACAUGUCGAGGUUACGGCAUCAGUUGCAACUGGCGAAAGAAAACAGCGAGAAAUAUUCAAAGCUUAAAAUCGAAGUGGAAUUGUUGAGAGACGAGAAUAAUAGUUUGAAGAAAGAGAAAUUAGAUGUUGCAGUUGAUGAUAAAAGUGAUGAGGAGGAUAAUGAUAAACAGGAUUGUAAAUCCAGUAAAGAAGACAUGGAUUUAGAUGACAUGUCAACGGUUAAAGGGAAGGAGGGUUCGGAGGAGACAUCAAAUGCAACGGUUACUACGCAGACAGAUCUUGACAGCAAGAAAACCUGCGAUACGUGUGAAAUGAUGAAGACCGAGAAACAACAGUUGGCUGAAAAACUCAAAGUAAGUCAGAAAAAGAUUCUUGCUUUCGAAGAAGAUACCAAUGGUGUAGAAACACCACCGUUCAGUCGAGUCGGUAGCAGUCGACAGCUGCGACGGGAGAAGAUUUUGGCAGAAACUGCUAAGAUGGAAGCUGAAUUUGCUCUGAAAGUUGCGCAAGAGAAGAUUCUCACACUGACCAAAGACCUUGAAAAGCUUCAAGAGAAUAAAUGCCAAGAGCCUUCUCAAAAUGAAACUUGGUCUGUGCCAUCAAAGUCCUGCAGUUGCCAAACAAACGACAAUUCUCUCAUUGAAGAUAAAAAUGAAUUCAAGAAACAAAAAGAUGAUCUUGAAAUGGAAAGAAGACGAAUUGUCACAUUACAACAAGAUCUUCAGCAGAAGUCCUCUAUUGUUGAAACCCUGAAAAUGUCCCUAAAAGACCAAGAUGACACCAUUGUAGAGUUGGAAGAUAUCAUGAAGAGAAGGGAGUCCAAGAUCAAUGCUCUUGAAGAAGAAUUGCUACAAAAAGAUGAAAAAGAUAGAAAGGUAGUUGCCGCAACAUCUGACAAAUGUGCGCAAUGCAGAUUAUCCCUUGUUGAAGGAAACGCACCAAAAACGACGGAGUCUUCCAACGGUUCGGGGGACACCACCAAAGACGACAAUCUUCAAACUGUUGUUUCACACCAAACGAAAACCAUCCAAACAUUGAGUCACGAGAAAUCCCAAACAGAAAUGACUUGC